AUGGGAUCAGGUGGUAGAAACCAGGAGGGCAUAGGACCAGGGGAUGGGAACCAGGAUGUUACAGGAGCAAGGGAUAGGAAACAGGAUGGUAUGAGGCCAGGAGUUAGAAAACAGGUUGAUAUAAGACAAGGGGCUAGGAAUCAGGAUGAUAUGGGAUCAGGGGGUAGGACCCAGGAUACAAUGGGAUCAGGGGGCAGCAGCCAGGAUGUUGUGGAAUCAGGAGGUAGAAACCAGGCUGUUAUGGGAUCAGGGGGUAGAAACCAGGAUGUUAUGGAAUCAGGAGGUAAAAACCAGGCUGGUAUGGGAUCAGGGGGUAGAAACUAGGAUAGUACGGGAUCAGGUGGUAAGAACCAGGAUGGUAUCGGAUCAGGGGGUAGAAAGCAAGAUGGUAUGGGAUCAGGGGGUAGGAACCAGGAUUUUAUGGGAUCAGGGGGUAGAAACCAGGAUAGUAUUGGACAAGGAGGUAGG